AUGUCAGACAGCUCACCACAAGGCAGGAUAUUCGCAGCGACCGUCCGAACGACGUACGAACAGAGUGAGGGACCGAGAUCCCCAGAAGUGGGAGGUCAGAAUGGAAGAGAGCCACAAGGUAACCUGGAAGACGAGGACUCUGAGCUGGAAGAUGACGACUCAGAGCGUGUAUCACCACCGUGGAUUCCAUUAUCUGAGGUCAAACAUGGUACUGUGGUCGAUGAUGAUGGAAAUCCUCAUGUCGCUGUGAAGGAGCUCACUUCGGAAAAGUGGUUCGGGCCGCGAUUCAAGGACGUCGUCAAAAACGAGGAGGUAGUUCUGGUUCACUUUCAAGAGAAAAAGCACGACCACUUCAUCAAGGCCAUUGCCAGGUACACCCAAUCCCGAAAACAUUACUUCAUUUUCCCUUGGGCGAAAGGCGGAAAUCUUCACGACUUCUGGGAGAAGCAACCUAGCUUGAGCGACGACUGCCUUAAUUUCAGUCGCGAAACCUGGAACACGUUCAUCAAAUGGUUCUUUCGACAAAUUCUUGGUAUUUCUGGCGCCAUGAAGAGCCUUCAUUUCCCGGUCAGCAAUCCAGGUGGCUCAUGCCGCCAUGGCGACCUCAAACCCGAGAACAUACUUUGCUUUUGCGAUGUCGUACCUGGCCCAGGUCAGGUACCAACUAACGUAAAGCUGGUGAUUGCCGACGCAGGGCAUGCGAAAAUCCACGAGAAAGCAACAGAAUUUCGGCCUGACCCGACGAGAACCCCGCGUGGGACACAACGAUAUACUCCUCCAGAGGCUAGCAACCCAGGCGAGACCAAGAAGCCCACAUCACGACGAUACGAUAUCUGGUCUCUCGGAUGUAUGUAUCUUGAGUUCCUCGUCUGGAUUCUAUAUGGGUACAAGGGACUUCUCGAUUUCUAUAACGACGUUGGUAAUGAGUUCUUUUCCACCACUGGAGCAAACGUUCAAGUGAAAUCUCAAGUUCAGGACUGGAUCGACGCCAUCAAGAUUGAUCCGAGAUGCGCGCCUUUCACAUCAACCGCAGUUGGGAGAUUGGUCCACCUCAUCGAAACCAGGUUAUUGGUCGUCAAUAUCGAGGUCGAACCCACAGACAACACUGAUUUCCAAGAAGUCAUGGAUCUCGGAACGAUGGGAACUGGCCCCAAAUUAAUUAUUCGGCCGCCGACUAUUAAGAUCAAUCCUGAGCCGACACUGGCAAGAGCUGAUGCAAAAGAGAUGGUAGAAGAGAUGGAAACCAUUGAAGCCGCAGCGGAUAAAGGUUCGAUUGAGUGGAUUAACUGGGAUGGCAUGGAACAAGCGUCCAAACUGGGAACACCGCAAGCAUCCGAUACCCUUCUUUCCGACAAGCAAUUGAAGACAGGCAAACAGCGGCGCCAUAGCUUAUCAGUGGUUUGGAACUUCCUGUCAUUGCACUCAUAG